AUGGCAUUAGAUCGAGCAGUUAAAGGCAAAAUAUCGUGCAAACAAGAUCCUGAACAAGAAACAGCAGCACGAGAAUGGGUUGAAGCUGUUACUGGUGAAAAAUUUCCAAACAAUGAUUAUGCAGAAGCUCUUCAUGAUGGAAUUGUUCUUUGCAAAUUAAUGAAUAAACUUAAACCUGGUUCAGUAGCAAAAAUUCAUACAACUGAUGCUGCUCAGGCCUAUGGUGUUAAUCCAAGUGAAGUAUUUCAAGCCGUUGAUUUAUUUGAUAAACAAAAUAUUCAACAAGUUACAACAUGCAUUUUUGCUUUAAGUCGUGUGGCUCAGAAGCAAAACUUUUCUGGACCCAAAUUAAAUUAUCAAACCAAAUUACCCGUUAAUGACUAA